GAGCCGCGAUGGUCGCGCUCAAGCCUCACUGAGGCUCUCAUAGACUAUAAAAAAAAUUAAAAUAGACUAGUCAAAGUAUUUUUUUAUGGAGAUUUAUUAGUCAGUUUUACAAUGGGUGCAGAUAGGCCAAAUGGAGUAGCGAACUACUGCAGGCGACCGCCGCAGCGUCCUCUUUUGCAGAAAUUGCAGUAUGCUAUAUGGAAUCCCGAAGAAGGAACCUUUUUGGGACGCACGCCGCAUAGAUGGGGUGUAAUCGGGCUGAUCUACCUGGUGAUGUACAUCUGCAUCAUCAUCUUCUUCUCCAUCUGCAUGUGCGGACUGCUUGCCACCAUGGACGAGCGGGUUCCGUACUUCCAGCUCGCUGACUCCAUCAUAGGUGCCAACCCUGGCAUGGGACACCGUCCGUUGCUGUAUGAGGAAGGUGCUCUCAUCUGGUACGAUGCAGACAAUGAAACUCAGAUCCAGAGAUACGUGGAUAAUAUCAACGAAUUCCUCGCACCGUACGAGAACAAAUCCCUCCUCAUCAACGGUGGAGUGAACCAGCGAGACUGUGGCACCGUGAAACCUCCACGGGCCGAGGUCUGUUCCUUCAGCACCGAUCUGCUUGGAGACUGCUCUGCGGCUAAUGGCUUCGGGUAUAGCAAUAGGACCCCGUGUCUUAUCAUCAAACUUAAUAGGAUAUACAACUGGAACCCCGAGUUCUUCGACGACCCGAGCGAGCUGCCACCAGACAUGCCACCUGACAUCACCAACUACAUCAACUCCACCACCUCUCCUCGAGAGCGUCGCAGAGUUUGGGUAUCGUGCAAGGGGGAGCGACCAGCCGACGUGGAGGCGUUGGGUCCACUCCGCUACUACCCGUACCCUGGUUUGGAUGAGACCUUCUUCCCUUACGACAACACUCCUGGAUAUCUCAGCCCGCUGGUCGCUGUACAACUCCUUAAACCUAAACUGAACCAGAUCAUCAACAUCCGCUGCCGCGCUUGGGCCCGCAACAUCCAGUUCACCGAGAGCCUGAAGGAGCGUCUCGGCUCCACUCAUCUCGAGAUCAUGAUCGACUGAGACCCUGGAUAUGCAGUCAUCGGAGACGUCUAUUUACUUACUAUUUCUUCUUUGAAUCUUGUUACCGUCUGCUUUGGUGUGGGGGUUGAAUCAUAUUUCUCAAUUUACUCCGAUCUUGGGCAGCUUGGGUAGCCUCCUCCCACCCCAUCCCUAACAUCCUGAGCUCUUGCUGAACAAACCGGGUAUAUUCCAGGUGAGGGUCACUUUGGAUCGGUGGGAUCAGGUUGUCUGAGGAUAUGCCUAUUGCCCAAUAUAUGUUUAGUACGAAGUGAUGAAUUAUUUGAUCACGUUUGCUGAAUAACUGAAUUGACCCCAUUCAUGAUUUCCAUGAAUCACACUGAUUACGAAGCAACACCUGAAUUUUAAUUUAAGUAGUAGUUUUUAAACCAUUACUCAGUUUUUAAUGGCGUCUCCGAUGUUAAAGUAAAAUGUGUGUUCCAUUAUGUGCCUUGCUUUUACAAAAUGGUCAUAAAUGGACCGGUUAGACCCUUAUAUGGUACAACGUACUUUUUAAAGGUGCCAGAGCCUAAAAAGGCUGAAUAAUUUUGGAUCUCAUGGCACUCUAUUUUAUCUUAAGUACCUAGUUGAGCAUUUCUUUUUUUUUUCGCCACUCUCAUGAAAUGUGAUAUUUUCUACUCAGAAUCACUAGCUUCUUCAAUCGUAGUAGUUAAAAAAUUUGUCCCAUACG